AAGUAAUACCGACAAAGGUUUUUAGAGACAGCAUUAUUCAAAAAUUACUAAUCUCUUGCAAAAUCGAGAUGUUGAGCCUUGAAGGAAAGAUCGUUCUCAUUACAGGCCUAGGCCAAACUCAGCCUGGGGGAUGGGGAAUCGGCGCUGCGAUAGCGGUUCUCCUAGCUAGGCAGGGAGCCAAGAUUUUCGGCGGCAACCGUACCAUCGCAUCCACAAUCUCGACGAAGAAGGCUAUCGAGGAGGCAGGGGGAGUUUGCGAUAUACUGGAGACAGAUGUGACGUCCUCAAAGUCGGUGGAAGCACUGGUAAAGGCGUGCAUGGAAAAGCAUGGCCGAAUUGAUAUUCUGGUGAACAACGUUGGCCGUUCAGAGCCUGGAUGCCCAGCAACGAUGUCUGAGGAGGUUUGGGACUCGCAGAUCGAGAUCAAUCUCCGGAGCGUAUUCUUGACUUGCCAUCAUGUUUUGCCAAUCAUGGAGAAGCAGGGAGCGGGUGCAGUUGUCAGCGUCGCGAGCAUUGCGGGUCUGCGGUAUAUUGGUAAACCUCAAGUCGGGUACUCAGCGACGAAAGCGGCAAUCAUGCAGUUCAUGAAGGCGACGGCGGUCAUUUACGCGCCGAAGGGAGUGAGGUUGAACACGGUGGUUCCAGGGUUGAUGGAUACACCAUACACCAAAAGCCUCGUGGGCCGGUAUGCGACAGACGGAGGACACGAAGAGUAUAUGAAGAUGAGGAACGCGCAGGUUCCGAUGGGGAGCAUGGGAGAUGCUUGGGAUGUCGCCCACGCAGCAUUAUUUCUGGUUUCCGACGAGGCGAAGUAUAUAACCGGGCAGAAGAUUGUUGUGGAUGGUGGAAUCACCUCUUCAACCGGGAGGGCGUAAAAGCCCGUAAAAUGCAGUACAGUACCACAGCAAAAAGCCACGGCGCCUCGUCCAGAGCGCAUAGACGAUACGACGCGAUCCGGUAGCUUGGUUACACCAACGGGUCCUGGCUGUGCUGUCGUGCUCUUCUCUUGUGUGAAAGCUGUGGGAGGGGGGUUGUGCUAUCAAUCAGUCCUACUCCAGCUGAGCUGAGAGGUUGGGGGAGGAUGAUUACUACUGAGACGUGGCUGGGUGAUAAGAACUGAGGGAGGGAUUGUGUAGGACAGACCUCAAGGUUUAGCAUAGCGUACAGACACUGUUUGGUACGUAGGUGGUUUAUAGAACUAGGAAUGAAAUUAGGA